AUGUGUGCACGUGACAUCCCACUGCUGGAGAGCAGGAGGGGAGAAGAUUUGGAUAGAGACUGCAUCGACCAGAGCAAAGAACGGCGCACCGAACAAAACAUCGGCAAAGAAGCCGACCCGGAACCGGAAUCCGGACCAGACGACAUCGAUUCCCUGCCACAACCGCACUCCGUCGGCAGCGACAGCACGUGGUUUCCGUACGGAAACGAUCCCGUCAGCAGUCUUCUCGAGGCGACCUCGCGGCGGCUCAAGCACGUGGCCAUCAUGGCAGCACCCACCACAUCCUCGCCUGCUGCAGCGGCAGCAGCAACCACCCAGACGUCGGUGACCGGGCGGCCGCGCCUCGUCUUCGUCGACGGCACAUUUGCCGAGCUCGUGCAGGAGCUGGCCGACUACCUCCACGUCGGCGAGGCGGUCGAGCCGCUGUUGGCCCAGGAGAAGAACGAGCAGGCGCUCGCCAAGGUGGUGGAAGCGUCGGCAGCCCUCAGUGCGGUGCCCGAGAAGGAGUUCACCGGGGCCUACAACCUGCUGAUCCACCUGGUCGUCAAUGAGUCCAAGGACGCGAGCCCGUACCUGCGCACCAUCUGCCAGAACCUGCUGCAGCCGGUGACGUCGUCGCCGGUCAACGGCCCGGCACUCGCGCUCAACGCGCUGCAGGCUAUCUUCAACCUGCUCGCGCCGACAAAUGGACUGCGGUACAACGUGCUGCUGUCGAUCCUGCGGUUCGCUCGCGUCAACGGCUUCUACGACAACCUGAAGCCGACGCUGCCGAACCUGCCGCGCUGGCUGCAAGAGUGGGACGUGGACGAGGAGGCCCAGCGCAAGAUUUACCUGGAGAUUGCGACGAUUGCGUCAGAGGGAGGGGAAGACGAGGAAGCAUACCAGUACCUGCUCAAGGUGUUGCGGACGUUUGACGCGGCGGACGAGGCAGCGAUCAAGUCGGACGAGGCAGCGGCGCUGUCGGUGCGAGCAGUGCGGAUGGCGCUGCUGUCGAGCACGCACUUUGACUUCCAGGACCUGCGGGUGCUGCCGACGGUGCAGGCGCUGGCAGACUCGCACGCGGCGUACGCGCAGCUGCUGGACAUCUUUGCCGAGCAGGAUCUGGAGGACUACCGCGACUUCUGCGAGGAGCACGACGGCUGGGUCGAGCAGGAGGGCAUGGACGACGGCCGGCUACAGCGCAAGAUGCGGCUGCUGACGUUUACGAGUCUGGCGGCAGCGAGCACGCAGAGCCGCGAGAUCGAGUACGGACGCAUCGCCAAGGCGCUGCAGAUCCCGGUCGAGGACGUCGAGGUCUGGGCCAUUGACGUGAUCCGCGCCGGCCUGGUCGAGGGCAAGAUGUCGCAGCAGAAGCGCCUCUUCCUCGUCCACCGGACCACGUACCGCGUCUUUGGCGAGAAGCAGUGGCGUGAGCUCGGCACCCGCCUGGACCAGUGGCGCGGCAGCCUGCGCAGCGUCCUCGCCGUCUUGCGUCGUCAGCAGGCCGAGGCCGACGCCCAGCGCGAGCGCGAGGCCCAGGAGCUGGAGCGCAAGCUCGCCGGUGCCAGCCUCGGUGCUGGCGGCGACCCGUCUGCCACCGGUGCCGGCGGUGCCAGCAGCCAGCGACGAGGCGGCGGUAUCGGCAUGGACGGCAAGCCGCGUCAGCCCUUCCAGCAGCGCCAGCACAUGCCCCAUCGCAACGAGAACGACGAUUGA